AUGGGAGGCAGAGAGGAGGUUUUGGUGAACAGGCUCGGAUCCACCAUGCCGUUUCCCCGCACCAGGUUGAACCGUUUCAGGCUUCGUCCUAGCCGAAGCCCGGUGUGGAGCAAGCGUGUGAAGCCGUCCUCCCACAAGAAAAAAGCCAGAAAUCCCAGCCCCAGCGAGAUGAGCGUGGAGCCCUGGGCCAGCCCGCAGGACCAGGCAGCCGCUGAGCACUCACACAGCACACACGCGCCGUCCGCCCAGGAUCAGGAGCAGCGCCCCGACAAACUCUGCCUGGAUUCGUUCUGGAGUGAGGUGGAGACCAUUCGUCAGGGUGGCUACACAGACCUCGACAGCAGCAGGAGAGACUCCAGGCAGUCAGAAGAAGGCGAACAGGAGGAGCAGUGGUUGGCCGAUGCUGGUUUAUCGACCCUCAUCAGCGAGGACAGCGAGGAUGUGGACAGAGCAAUGCUGCUGUCCACUCUGACCCGGACCCAGGCCGAGGCCGUCCAGCGUCGACUUGAUUCCUACACGCUGUCCCUCCGCAAGAGGAACAAACCAGCCCCGCGAGACGUUCGCGACAUCUUCAACUCCCCCAUCACUCAGACCCUUCUUCCUGAGUCCCAGCAUAGCGAAGACUCUGCCCAAACCAGCAUGGCAUCGGUGUCCAAAACACCAUUUUCAGCUGUGACGCCGGAGCAUCAUAGGGGCGCUCCAAAAGAGGAGUUCUUCAUCACCGACGUGGCUUACUGCGAACAGGCCGUCAUCUUCCUCAAACAGGCCAAAUUUCCUCAGAACAACAGCCAACGCAGAAAAGAGGAUGGCACCCUGCCUCGGGUGAUCUGCCCCAAGUGCCGUCUAGGAGUGACUCGUAUUCAGGAUCUCUCCCACUCUGACAUGAAGAAGGUGCGUCAGUUGGCUCUCAUCGACAUGACGGCGCUGUGCGACCUCCUAGAGCUGGAGGUCAAAAGGCAGAAAACCAGCAAGCGGAAAAUCCCGGAGAGCUCGCUCUACGGUGUACCGCUGGCCACGCUGCUGGAGAACGAUCAGAAAAUAAAGGCCAACACCGUUACUCCUCUCUUCAUGCAGGCUUUGUUGUCGUUUUUGGAAAAGAAAGGUGUCGAUUCAGAGGGGAUCCUGCGGGUUCCAGGAUCUCUGUCAAGAAUCAAGCUGCUGCAGCAGAACCUGGAGACAAACUUCUACUCAGGGCAGGUCAGCUGGGACGAGGUGAGUCCGAACGACGCUGCGGCGCUGCUCAAGAAGUUCAUCAGGGAACUGCCCGCUCCUCUGCUCACCCCCGAGUACCUCAACACCUUCAGUGCCGUCAGAGACAUCACAGAGUUGAGGCAGAAACUCCACAUGUUGAACCUGCUCAUCCUGCUGCUGCCUGAGCCCAACAGGAACACACUGAAGGCCCUCCUGGAGUUCCUCAGUAAGGUGGUUUCUAGGGAGAAGAGGAACAGGAUGAACCUGUGGGCUGUAGCGACCAUCAUGGCUCCAAACCUCUUCCUCCAUAAAGCCGUACCCAGCAGACUGACGGAGGGGGCCGAGAAAGGACACGCGGAGAAAGCAGCCGAUGUCAUGAGGCUCCUGAUCCGCUACCAGGACCUGCUCUGGACGAUACCCAAUUUCCUCAUGAGCCAGGUGCGAAAGCUGAACGAGAACAGUAACCGGCGGUACCAGUUCUACGAUCGGCGCAUCAAGAACCUGCUGAGGAAGAUCCACACAGACAGCCGGGAGAAACCUGAUAAAAACACCUCAGAGCCGUGCCGCACAGUGAAGAUCCAGGUCGGGGAUCUUGUGAACAGCACCAUGGAGUUCCAGCUCAACAUCAACUCCCGAGUCUCGGACCUGCUCGCCCAGUUUCAGCGCACAUCCCUCCGCAGCCCCGACAAAGGAAAGGGCAAAAUGCGAAGAAACGGCUCUGUGGCGUAUCCCGACUGCGCCCUGUAUGAGGUGGGAGGGAAUAUUGGUGAACACUGCCUGGAUCCCGACACACACCUUCUGGAUUUGUACAACAGCAACUCUGGAGGAGAGUGGGUCAUCAGGCUGAAACCCAACGCCAGCAGACAGCUGUGAAGGACGGACGAACAGAUCGGGGAACAGGUUGCCGAAGAAAGACAAAGGCAGAGCCUAAAAAAAAAGAUCAAAAUCCACGCAGCCCUCUCUUCUUGUCCUUUUCAUCCUUGGAGCAGCAAGGGAGAAGAGACAGAUGGUCAGAUGGAGGAAGCAGACACAGAUAGAAGGAGAAUCUGCCAGGAGCAGAGCCUAAGAACUGUCUAUGAUCAGAUGAACACACUUUGCCCUCUGUCUCUUUCCCUCUUCCUUUUUUAUCUCUCUCCAUUCUCCUCUCUUUUUUCUCCCUGCACCCCAUCAUGUCUCGCCUGCGUUACCGUGGCGCCGCGACGCUGCGAGCACAAAGCUGCCGACGUGACUCAUUACUUCCGACAGAGAACAUGCUGCAUAGAAAAGAGAAGAGAGAGGCUGGGCAGUUUGGUUCACCAUCUUUUCUCUCAAGCAUUCAUCUCCAACCAUGAGCGAGCAGAUGCAGAUGCAGAGCACCUCUGGCUGUAGAGAGCAGAGGCCCCGCCCCCUUCUCAGGUCAGCCAGACAAUGUGUUUUCAAAUCAUAGGUUUCAUUCAGCAGUUUUUUUGUAAUAAAAGAUUAAACAGGAUUCAGGAGCUUUACCAGCAUAUUAUUGGUUAGAUUGGUGCCUAACCCUGUGCCAAACACAUUUUUAUACAACAGUAUUCUAGGUUUCAUUCGUGACCUUGGAAACUGCAGUAGGUAGCUCUUUUGGAGGGUUUGAGAUCCCCAGAACAGUAACUUAGGAGACCUACAUGGCAGAGAAAUCUUCUUCUCCAGGGGAUAUUUACCUGAGGAAAUCAGGUUUCUUUAAUCCCCCUAUCCGAAACCAAGUUGCUUGUUUACUCACUGAACUGCAUAUAAACAGAGUAACCACAGUAGUUAUCCAUUUAGCUUAUGAUUUGGACAGAAAACUCGAGUUCUAUGUAAUGCCUUUUUAAUUACUGAUAAUUAAAAGACAGCAACGAGAGAAAAUGAAUUGAAAACUAAACGCUAGUGGCUACAGCCCACCUGGAGACAGAACGGGACUUCAGCUCUGAUCAAUCAGUGAAUAGAAUGACUGAUACCUCUCAUCUGCUGUUUAUCUCUCCGCUGACCGUUUUUCCAGCUCAGACGUUUUGAUCACAAAGUAAACAAAGGAUUCUUCUCUGUGCCAUUGAAAGAGAUGAACUGAUAUGUUCUUAUCUGUGAAACCCUGCGAUCUCCUGGGCCUUAUAAAAAAAAAAAAUCCAUGGACUUCCAAGGACCCCUGACUUGUACAGAUCAGUGCUCAAAGAGACUUUUCUUUUUUUUUUGAUACCAAGGGAUUUGGUGUCACAACCUCAAGGACAGAUGCUGCACCUCUAAAGGGAGUUGUUAAGGACACAGUGAAGCUGGUCUUCAGUUCAUCAUUUUUAAAACACAUGAAUGGAGCCAAAAGUGCUGAAGUGACUCCCGGGGGUAAACUGGGAUUAUUGUUGUUAUUUAUAUGAAUGUAACGCCAUUGUUGCUUCUGUAUGUGAUGAGUAUUCUGUAGGCUAGAGAGACUUAGGAUAAUGUGGAGCUGCUGCACUCAGUGUAACAGCAUGUUGUGUGAGGUCAACCACACUCAGUGUGGGAAUUUGCAGUGUUCUUGUACAGAUUUACUUGAUGCCGAGUUGUUUUUUUAUCGAUACAUCCUAAACAGUACAGUAAGAUAAAUGUCAUGUGUAAAUAUUCAUUCAUUCAUACACUCUGCUGUGAAGAAGCCCUGAAAUCACUGCAGUAGAACUGUUUUGAUUUCGUAGCUGUACUGAAAGUGUUCCAAACACACGGGCAAGCAGCAAAUUAAUGUGUUUAAUAUUUGGCGCCGAUCGUCAGAUGUGAAUCAUUUACUCCUCGCAGCCGGGGCCAUGUUGGUGCUCCGCGGCCAUUUUGUGGGAAACGUCUCCCGCUCUCCACUCAAUAGAUGGAGUAAUGACAGCCGGCCAGGCACCAACAUCCAUCAACACCCUCUGCUCCAUCUCUGUCGCCUCCCAAUAAUGGACUAUAAUGGUGCAUCAGAAACAUGCCGAGGAAUCACAUUUCUCUGAUAAAGGGGAAGGUAAUAAAUGGCUGUUAUAAAUUCUGCUGCCCUGGACCCGACGACAGCAGCAGUGUGUGUGUAUGUGCGUGCGUGCAUGUGUGUGAUGAGCUUCAUUACACAAGUCCAAUUGGCCUGUCCCAGGGUCCCAGGCACAGUUCAGUGCUCCGGCACAAAGCGAGCUGAUGAAACUGCCUUCUGCUGACAACCAGGAGAUCUAGGUCACCUCUGAAGCAGAAUCCCAGAGGGCAAGAAGUGUGAGUACGAACGCCCCGAGGAGCCGAGCACAUGGGCACGUAUCGUGUAAACACACAUUACACACACAACAUGAUGUGGAGUCACCGAAC